AUAUAUAUAUAUAUAUAUAUAUAUAUAAAAAAUAAAAGUGAAAGUCACUAUGCUCUUUUAUAAAUAUUUAAUAUUUAUAAUAAUUUUAUAAACUCCUCAUACCUUCCUUUCCUACCAGAUGAAAAAUAUAAUAUCCCAAAUAUGGCAAGGGACUCCAAAAAAAGCAAGGAAUAAACAUAUUAAUUUGUACUAAAAACAGUGCCACAAAUUGCAUCACAGUAUUUUAUAAAAGUUGCUGCAAAUUCAGUCAUUUCUGAUGAGGAAAAAUAAUCUUAGUUGGGACUGAUAACUCGUGGAUGCAUUCAAGGCAAUAAGUGGGUGGGUCUCCAGUUGACAUAUCUCAUUCUGUAGCCUUUUGUGAUUAAUUCACAUUUUAUUUUCCAUAAACAUGAUUUAAGUUUAAUCUUGUCUCCUGCUAAUUUCAGCAUUUACUAAAUCGAAACCAUCACAAUGUUUGGAAUCUCUUUUUCGGGCUUAUCCAAGCAGAAAUACGUUGGUUGAAUGGUUAUUUUUCACAUAAUCAUUUCAUUGGAAAACUGCAGUCUGAGAAUCUAGUCUGUGCAUUUUUCUUAUUGUGUAAAUUUUAUCAUUACUGCAGGAUGCCUGCUGUUUUCCUGCUAUGUUAUGCUCCCUCACUCCUCCUCUGUUUAGAACCGAUUCUUAUCUCAGUUUGAGUUGACUUGCUAAUAUUUGAUUAUUUGUGGCUCGCUUCACCCAAUGAAACGGUACAGAGAACUGGCCUGAAUUUUUCCAGUAGUCUGCUGCUGUCCAUCAAGUUAUAUUCAGUGCAAGAGUAUGGCAAAUAUUUUAUACAUUUUUCCUAAACUUUAAUAUUUCCUUUGCACUCUCUCUGUCAAAUACUCAUGACAACAUAUUUAUCAUUCUAACCUACAUCACUUAUGUUUCACCCUUUUCCCCUGUGUUUCACUCUUGUGUUGCUGGUUUUUCAUUAUAAUUACAUCUGAAGAUGCUGAGAUGUCUCGGCCUGACAGUCAGCAAAGCCCUUACGUGGUUUUCAUCUGGCAGGAGGAAGAAUCUGUCUCAUGACGUGCUUAUUUUGUCUUCCUGUCAAACCUCUCAGACAACAACAUGUCACAUAAGCAGCCCAGUUGGAGCUCUUACUUAUAUGAAUCUCUUUUUACUUUUUAGUCACAAUUAGCACAGCAGAUUUACAUUAACAAUAAAACAUUUUUUAACUAGAGUCAGCUAAACUAGGUUUCUCGACCCCCAGAGGACAUAAACUUGGGAUACACUGAACAAAUCGCCCUCUGCACAUACUGUAGCUGUCCAUACACUAACUUGGGUUACUCGGUGAGCCCCAUGAUAACAGUGUGACUGUGCUUGAUGGUCAAAUGAUGUCAUUGUUCCUAGUUCACCUGGAGCUAUGGUUGAUGUUGUGAGAACAUUUCAUGUGAUCCAUCGGCAGUAUAGAAAGGCUUUCAUAUCAGUGCCACAGAAGGAGCUGUGUGUGAGGCUCAGAGUCUGUCUGUCUGAUGGUCCCACCACUGCUGCACGUACAUUAGUCAUUACGGUAUUGUUAAUGAAAACGUCAGACACUAGAUCUCAGAAUUUAACCUGGACCAGGAGCAAAUCAGUAACAUAAUUAUCAUCACCCACCUCUCCAAAAAAGUGAGCAAAGAUUUCUUUCAACCUAGCUAGCUUCUGUAAAAAUGCACUGUGAUAAAAGGAUUUGAAGUCAAACUAGUGCAAAUGUGUGUAGGGCUGCAGCUAAUUAUUAUUUUCAUUAUUGAUUAAUCUGCAGAUUAUUUUCUUGAUUAAUCAUUUGGUCAGAAACUUUGUGAAAAAAGCCCUUUGUAAGUUCCCAGAGCCCAAGGUGACAUCUUCACAUCUUGUUUUGUCCAAAACCCAAAUAUUUUCACUUUAUAAUGAUAUGAAAUAGAGUAAAGCUGCAAAUCCUCACAUUUGAGAAGCUAAAACCAGAGAAUAUUUGGUAUUUUUGCUAGAAAAGAAUACUUUAACAUAAUUGAUUAUCAAAAUAGUUGUAGAUUAAUUGUGUGUCGAUCGAUAAUCAAUUAUUUCAGGCCUAAAUGUGUGUUUCGGAAAAACAUUAUGUGCAUAGCUGUCCAGUCGUUUCAGGUCACCACAUUGAGCUUAGCUUGAGUGGGAUUUACCCGACUACAGGUAUGGACUCAUGAACCUCCUUUGAGAACCAGAACUGCAAUGUUACACUUUCCGAUAAAGAUUUUUUUUUUUUACCUGCCUAGUGACUUCUUAUUAAAAUCUAUUGCCUACGGUUUUCAUAACACACUUCGAAUCUAAAAGGUAAUUUGUUCAAGAUCUAUUUUCAAAGCAAAACAGUCUCAGUAAAUAUAAAACACUCCCUGAAUUAGCGACAAUAUCCUAAUUCUUUGAUUGUUAUGAAGUAUUUACCAAUUAUAUCUUAUUUAUAGACUGCAUUAUGAAAUUAAUGAUGCAACACAUUAAACAGUCUCUUCAAUAAAUCCUGCACUAAAUGCUGGAUUUCCUUCUUUUUCCUCAAGUGUCCCAUACUGUCGUCAUCAGAUCUAAUCAUUACAUCCCAGUAAGCACUGAUUUCAUAAUUUGCAGGUUAAAAGACGUUUAGUUGCCUAUGUUAAAAAAGGGCUAAAUUUGGUCAAGGUUACAAAUAACCAUUGUUUUAAAGGAAUCAAAGUGACUACAUUUCAUUGUGUAGCAGGUUGCAGCCAUUUAUAUGAUGUUAAAACAAUGGGAAUACUUAAUUUAGAUGAUUUUUAAACAAGUUUUAAACUAGACACUUGGACAUCUUGUAAGCUGCAAACGACCAAAACACGUUUAUUGGGCUGCUCAGAUUUGUCUGUCUGGAUGGUCAGUUGACAGUUUGGGAUAUCUUUUCACACUGUAUAUCCAAAUAUUCUUUAUAUUUACACCAAUAUAUUUUUAUUGAAAAAUAUGAUUUUUGCAAACUAGUCUGCUCUUUAUUCCAGUCCUUACACAACAACUGCAGUUCUUCCCAAUUGGAAAACAGCCUUAUGGAUUGUUCCACAUAUAUUUUCUCCAGGGUCAAUAGCAGAAUCUGACCCAUUUGUCUUCUCAGAUCAGCUGUUUAUGCCAAACAACUGUAAAGAAUAGAAGGUCUGCAAGGUCAAGAAACCAAAUUAGUCAAACUCAAAUCUGGAAUUAUCUUAAAGGUUGGGUUCAUAUUUUUUCAUGUCUGUUUUAAAACAAUACUGACAUGCCCAUAUGCACAGUGAAAUAUUUUUUUUGUUUGCUGUAAUUGUUUCUCGUGUUCACACCGGCUAAAAAAGGAAUUUCAAUGUAAGUGAUGGAGGACACAUUCACAGCCAAAGGUAAAAUGAGGCUUCAGCAGUCUGAGCUGGACAAAUCAAGAGGAUAUCUUUCAAAGUUACUGUUUUCAGUACAUCAUUCCCUUACUGUCCCUCUAAUGUGGCUCAGGAAGCAACACUGUCCCUUGAAACACAAAGAGGGACUUCUGUACUAAAAGGUCUAUAACUUUGGAAGAUAGCUACUUGAGUUGUCUGUUUCAAAAUGUGAACCUAUCCUUUAAUAGUGAUGUAACGUCUACACUGGAUUCAACAGGAGGCUAACUGCAGAAACAAGCUUUCAAAAGAAAGUACUUUUUAAACCUCAUGCACAGAAAAAAAUGUUUAUUACUAUAAUCAUUAUUAUUAAAAUUAAACCACUCGUACAGAUAAUAGGAUGCGGUAUAUAAUUUAUUCGAACAAACAUGUCAAAGAGGUUAAAGAUUAAAUAGGCUUAACAACGCUGAAACAAAAGCAUCACCGUCCUGCUCUUCUCUCCUUUUUUCCCCAAAACGCGCAGCCAUUACAAUGUCAGACUUUACUGAGAGAGAACCGCUGCAGCAGCAGCUGACGUUUGCGUGAGAGGAGUCGCCUGAAGUCCUUCAGAAUCCAGCAACACUUUGAGAAAUGUUCAAGCAAGUCACAGUCUCCAGUUCCCGAGGUACCAAAGACACUUAGUAUCAGUACAGACACGCAGCGCACUCCAAGUACACUUAUAUACUAGGAGGUUUGCAGAUGGGGAGGGGUCUGGCGCCCUAUGAGAGUGAACAAUCAUGAGUUGUGAGCGCAAUGUUUUGAUGGAGAAGGAAAUUUUAAGGAUCUCCGUGCUGGACAAGUCGCAUCCAUAGGAAAGAAGAAGACUUGCGUCGAGUGUACGGGCAACACACCACAGCGAGGAGACGCACUUUUCACACGGACAAACGACAAACUCUCCAGACUACUGCGGUGUGUUAAUUUGACUGUUGUUAGGGGGGCGCUUUGUGGAUAUUUGACAGUCAACGCGUUGAUGGGUUCAACAACUGAACAAGUGCUCGGACGAAACGCUUGAUUUUUUUUGGCUGUCGGGAAACGUGUGACGGCAACAGCUGAUGCCGAGGCAUCGCCCAAACCACAGAGAAAACUGAUGAAACAUUCUUACCAAGUUUGACAGUAGUAGUAAAGUAUUGCUGCAGUAAAAUCCAUCAGGACAGCCUGUAAAGCAGUCAGUCAUCAUAUAGAAGUCAGACAUGGAAAUGACCAACAGGUCCCUGCAUAACCCCUCCAUCCUUCAUGUGGACUUGAGCCCGCUAAAUGAUUUUAUGGAGGAGAACGAAACGAACUCCACCACCGGAGAGCGAAACUCGUUGGGCUGUGUGCAGAUCCGCAUCCCUCAGGAGCUCUUCUUGGCGCUGGGGCUCAUCAGCCUGGUGGAGAACAUCCUGGUGGUUAUGGCCAUCAUCAAGAACCGCAACCUGCACUCGCCCAUGUACUACUUUAUCUGCUGCCUGGCCGUGUCCGAUAUGCUGGUCAGUGUCAGCAACGUGGUGGAGACCAUAUUCAUGCUUCUCAAUGACCACGGCCUGAUGGACGUGCACCCUGGCAUGCUGCGCCACCUGGACAACGUCAUCGACGUGAUGAUCUGCAGCUCCGUGGUGUCCUCGCUCUCCUUUCUGUGCACCAUCGCUGCGGAUCGCUACAUCACCAUUUUUUACGCGCUGCGUUAUCACAGCAUCAUGACCACGCAGCGCGCCGUCGCAAUUAUCGUGGUGGUGUGGCUGGCCAGCAUCACCUCCAGCAUCCUCUUCAUCGUGUACCACACCGACAACGCUGUCAUCGUGUGCCUCGUGACCUUCUUCUGCACCACCCUGGUGUUUAAUGCCGUGCUGUACCUGCACAUGUUCGUCCUGGCGCACGUGCAUUCCCGGCGAAUCGUGGCUUUCCACAAAAGCAGGCGCCAGUCCACGAGCAUGAAGGGAGCGAUCACCCUCACCAUCCUGCUCGGGGUGUUCACUUUAUGCUGGGGCCCCUUCUUCCUCCACCUCAUCCUCAUCCUCACCUGCCCUACCAGCCCCUUCUGCAACUGUUUCUUCAGAAACUUUAACCUUUUCCUCAUCCUCAUCAUCUGUAACUCGCUCAUCGACCCGCUCAUCUACGCCUACCGGAGCCAGGAGCUGCGUAAAACCCUGCAGGAGCUGGUUCUGUGUUGUUGGUGCUUCGGCGUGUGACACCGUGUGCAUUUAGGAAGACAACGAGAGCACCAAGUUAUCAACACAAUCGGUUACCUCUUCUUCCUGGAUCUACAUUGUGUAAGAAGCUGAAGUAAGCCGUGACUGAUGAUUGAACUGGCAGAUGAUGCCCACGCGCGACACUGUACAUGACAAAGACUGCAUCUCUAAUAAAGACUUUUGUACAUCUCAUCGUGAAUUUUAUGAAUAUUUCCACGCAUGGCUUCAGUUUUAUUUACGUGUUUAUUUAUUGUUGCGUUGCGCCACUCCAGGCCCCUGCACUGUGAAACAUCUGGACAUUUAAUCCAGUAAUGACUCUCUUAACUACGCGAGAUCCUUAGAUUGGAAACUCUCUUAGUUAAGAGAGUCAGUAGGUAACUGGACUAAAUUAUAGUAACGGACAAGCAUUUUAUUUGCCUCUUUUUGUUGGUCGAAAUAUGUGAUGUCUUAACUCUGCUUAUAAAAGCUAUUGACACCUUUUAAGAAAUCAAGGAAUGAAACUGAAAACCUGCAGCUGAAAUGUGUUAAAUUAUAUCUCUGAGCUGAAUUUCUUCCUUCAUUAAAUUAAAACUGAAUGUUAGUGUAUAACGUGCCUGCAUGUUUUUUAUUUCGGCUUGGUGAUCCUUCUCAUUAAUGAACAAAUGUCUCUGCAUUAUGCCAGAAGCUGGAUCUAUUUCUUAGGGAAGUCAACUAAACUCAACACUUGACACAACAAGCUUUGUCAUGCAAUAUUUAAAGAUAAUGUGACGUGUUAUAGGUAAUUACUGUGUGAGGUCUGGUGUUUGAUCAUAUUAACGCCGUCCAUUUCCUACUGUUUUAAAAUAAUUGCCACAUUUGCGCAUCUCAUCUUCUUCAAUAAAGAGAAGCAUUAAUUCUAAUGAAAAUAACGCUUACUUCAUCUGAAACAGAUAACAGUUGUUCAUUUAGCAAUGAUUUAGCCGGGAUAAUUUGUUCAAGCAUGGUGCAAGAAGAGCAGGAUGUGAAAUAUGAGAGAAAAGUGUUGUGGCUGGUCUUCAAACGAUUUGAAGCAUCUUAAAAAAACACUUUGGUGGCGUUGUGUGUGAAUUACUCCCCCAAAAAUAAAUGUCCGGGUGACUGAAGGAAAAAAAAGAUGUUAGGCAAAAUCACAUGAAAGGCCUGGCUUGGUGGCAGGCCUGAUGAUGCCCAGGGCAUAAGAGGGUUUAUGAAAGAAGGCAUAUCAAAGUUAUAUUUCUGGAAGAUUGUGUGGUUCUCUGAAAUGUGCAAAAACAGAUUUGGAGUCUGAUUUGUUAUGUAGGUCAAAGAAAUGAGACAUUUGUGCCUAAUGGCAUGUGGUGAAGUUUUUGUUUUUUUAACACUAUUAGACCAAUUAAUACUUUUUUUGUCAAUGUAACAGGCGAAGAUGCUAAACUCCAGCAAAUAAGACUGGGACAAAUGAAAGGAAAAACCUAAAUAAAAGAGCUCUGGAAAUUAAGCUUACUAUUUUAUUUGACUUAUUCUGUGAUAUCCUCUUUAUUGAUCCUAAGGAUUUGUUGAAAAUAGGACCUACAUUUUAGACUCUAACUGAAGUGCAGUCAUAUCUGCCGUGGAGUGUAGGAUCCUGUCUUCUCAUACACAGUUCUGGGUAUGAAUGCUUUGUGACCGUUGUUUCCAAAUUAAGGGAAAAAGACUCACAGAUCCCAUGAUCAGCCUGUCUGCCAAGACAAAAAUAAUUCAAUUUUACUGGUUAGAUGUAGUGUGAAAUGUGCAUGCUAAUAUUGACAAUAAUGUAGACUGUUGUACACUGUAGUAAUUGAAUAUUGCUUGCCAUAGUAUUUACUGUUGAGUAAUAUAUGAUUUACACACUGUUUUCACAGAAUUACGUUCUUGAUAUUGUGUCAAUUUUGUAUUGAUUUUGACUUAUAACUCACAUCACGUUUUUGUAGUUGUAGUAGCAUUUUUAUUGGUAUUUUUGUUUUAAUACCAUAACUUUAUUAUCUGUAUUUUUUGCUUUUGGUGUGGGAGUUGUUACAGAGGAUUGUGAAUGUACAGUAUGGCUGUCUGGUAUCUGCUAUAUAAAUCUUUGAAAAUAACCUCUUAAAGGUAAUGAAUGUGGUACUCAGUGCUUCGGUAUAUCCUCUAAAGUAAUUCAACGCAUAUUGUAAAUGCCAUGAGUAUAGCUAAAAAAAACUGCAGCAUGCAUCCCAUGUUAACUUGAAACUGAGCAAAACAGGACUAUGCUGUACAGUUAUUUUAUAGAAGGAACGUGUUAUAUGUAAUCCUUGAAAUUGUUUACAUGAUAUCUAUUUGUCUCAAAUAAAGAGACCAAAACAACAAGA